CGGAUGAAGACCUAUUUCCGGUAUUUGACUUGCACAUUUGUUGGUUCAGUCCGUUCUGUACAUUAAAGAAUAUUGCAUUUUGUUUUUGCAAACGUUAUAGGCUGGUAUAUAACGUCCGAAAACCACGUAUUUUUGUGCUUCCUUUGCGCAUUUGGAAUUUGAUAUUACAUUUUAAAGCAAAAAACUGAACGUCCAGUAAGCCGUUAAUAAACUCGCUCCGUGUAUUACAUUAGUUCAGUUCCAGAAUUUUCUUCACAAAGUGCGAGCCUAUCUUCUAGUGUGCAUUUCGUUCCCAUGUGCUAGAAACUUCGCCGGUGAAUGAUUGGUCGCACUUUGAAAGCAGAGGUAGAAGAAAAAUUGUUUCGUUGUUGUCUCUGCAGCAAUAAGUGACUGGCAGUUGGUGCGUUGUAUAAGAGGUUCACUGGUAUAUGUAAUUGCAAAUGGCUGCUAUGUCAGUGAUUGGCAUUGAUUUCGGUAAUGAAUCCUGUUACGUUGCUGUUGCAAGAGCUGGUGGAAUAGAAACAAUAGCGAACGACUAUAGUUUACGUGCCACACCAUCAUGUGUAGCACUCAGCGAAAAGAAUCGCAUCCUAGGAGUUGCUGCAAAGAAUCAGCUGUUAACAAACACGAUGAAUACAGUCCAUGGGUUUAAACGACUUCUUGCUCGAAAAUAUAAUGAUCCACAUGUAGACAAGGAGCGGAGGUUUCUCCCUUUUAAGAUGACUGAACAACCUAAUGGUGGCAUUGGUAUCAAGGUUACAUACUUGAAUGAGAGUCAUGUGUUUUCUCCAGAACAAAUUACAGCCAUGUUAUUCACAAAACUGAAAGAUAUAUCUGAGAAUGCUCUGAAGACCAAGGUUAAUGAUUGUGUUAUCUCGGUACCAUCUUUUUUCACAAAUGCUGAGCGAAAGGCUUUAUUAGAUGCUGCCUCCAUUGCGGGUCUGAAUGUUCUGCGUCUCAUGAAUGAGACAACAGCAACAGCUCUGGCAUAUGGGAUCUACAAGCAAGAUUUGCCUGCUCCAGAAGAAAAACCUAGGAAUGUAGUGUUUGUGGAUUUUGGUCAUUCUUCUCUUCAGGUUUUUGCAUGUGCAUUCCACAAAGGAAAACUGAAGAUGCUGGCAAGUGCUUCAGAUUCUCAUCUUGGUGGACGUGACAUUGAUACAAUUUUAGCAGAGCAUUUUAGCAAUGAUUUCCAGACUCGCUACCAUAUUAACCCUCGCGUCAGUCCCCGUGCUUAUCUUCGACUCCUUAUGGAAGUUGAAAAGCUGAAGAAACAGAUGUCUGCCAACUCUACUAAGCUUCCAAUGAGCAUUGAAUGCUUCAUGGAUGACAAGGACGUUCAUGGUGAUCUGAAAAGGGCUGAUAUGGAAGAGUUAUGUGGCCAAUUAUUUAGAAGAUUUGAAGAAACUUUGCGCAAAUGUUUGGAAGAUUCCGGACUACGCCUUGAAGAAAUAUAUGCCGUGGAGAUUGUAGGAGGUUCAAGUCGUAUCCCUGCUAUCAAACAUCUCAUUGAAGUUGUUUUUGGAAAACAGCCAAGCACAACUUUGAAUCAGGAUGAAGCAGUAUCAAGAGGAUGUGCAUUGCAGUGUGCAAUGCUGUCACCUGCCAUCAGAGUGCGGGAGUUCAGUGUUACAGAUAUUCAGAAUUAUCCCAUCAAACUUGUUUGGGAUGCUUCUAUGGGAGAGGAUGGUGAGAUGGAGGUUUUUUCUCACAACCACCCUGUUCCAUUCUCAAAAAUGCUCACUUUCUUCCGCAAGGAACCAUUUUCACUUAAAGCAUUUUAUGCUGGCAACAUUCCAUACCCUGAUCCUUACAUUGGCCAGUUUAUCGUGAAGGAUGUCAAACCUUCAGCAGAUGGUGAGAGCCUAAAAGUAAAAGUGAAAGUACGUGUGAACUUACAUGGUAUCUUGACAGUAAGUAGUGCAUCACUAGUUGUGAAACAGGAUGCUUCAGAACAAGACUCAAAUGAACAAGACAGUGUAGGAUCAGAGGCAAUGGAGACAGAGGGACAGAAGAAUGAAACAAAUGGUUCUGAAAAUGAACAGCAGGCACAGGCCGAGAAUUCACAGGAAAACCAUGUUGGUAAUGAGGAUGAUGCAGAUAACCAGGCUACUUCUGAAAAAAAGGAUGGAGCAAAAAAGAAGAAGCAGCUCGUGAAAACAUUGGAACUUCCAAUUGAAGCAUACACGCAUGGAUAUUCUCAAGCAGAACUGAAAAAUUACGUGGAGUUGGAGUGCAAGAUGGUUGCAAGUGACCAGCAAGAAAAGGAGCGCAUAGAUGCACGAAAUGCGUUGGAAGAGUAUGUCUAUGAACUUCGGGAAAAAUUAAGCAGUGAUGAGGAAUUUACAACGUUUGUCAAUGAAAACGAACGUUCUACACUUGAUAAUCAGCUGCAGUAUCUGGAGAAAUGGCUGUAUGAGGAAGGAGAAGAAAGUGAACUUCAGAUAUUCAUUCAGGAAUUAAAUUCACUUAAGAAUUUUAGCGAGCAAAUCAAAACGAGACAGCUGGAUUUUGAACAGCGGCCAGCUGCAUUAGAGGAAUUAGCAUCUGUUCUACUUCUCACACGGAAGGCUGUGGAUCAGUAUAAAUCUGGGGAUGAGCGUUAUUCUCAUUUGGCAGAAUCUGAUAUCCAGAAAGUUCAGCAGACUGCUGAACAAACACAUAAGUGGUUGGAGGAGAAGCGAGCAGCACUAGUAGGCACACCCCGCACUCAGAAUCCACCUAUCACUGUGACGCAAAUUAGACAAAGAAAGCAGACAUUUGAAAACAUCAUAAAUCCAAUCCUGACAAAGCCAAAACCAAAGGCAGACCCACCUCCACCUGCCAACAAGGAAAAUGGCAGCACACCAGAAAACAAAGAUGGGCAUGUAGACCACAGUCCGACACAGGAACAACAAAAUGAUGAGAAGAUGGAUGUAGAAUAAAUUAUUAUUAAUAUUAUUAACAUCAUUAUGAAGAAUUGUUUGCUAGCAGGCUAUUCACUACAUGUAUCUGAUGAAUUUUGUUUUGAAAAUCUUGUUAGUAUUGGAUUUAAGUAUAUUCAUUGUAAUUUUAUGUAACCACUGGUGGGUUACAUUGUACUGUAUGUAAGAAGUCAAGUGUUGAGUAUUCAGGUUACGUUCAUUGAUACUAUAAUUGCACACUGAGUAACUUGUCAGUGCCUUCUUGUGGCACCUGUUAAAUCACUUAGCAUUCACUGUGUAUAUAUAGAUAAUACACUGCAUUAGGAUUAACAGUGUAUGCAUAAUAUGUAAAUGCCCAACAGAAGGUACUAGGGAUAUUCCACUUUACAGCUUUCAUUCCAUCUUUAUUGAGAAUGAAUAUGUUUGUCUUCAGUGCAAAGGAAUAUAUUUUCCUUUUUUAUGGAUUUUUGUUUCAGUAUGCCACAAUUUGAUAAGAUAAAUAUUAAUUGAUUGGUGGGGAAUUACCUUCACUAGAACAAUAGUGGCCUCAAAAUUGUAUGCCACUACAGCUUCCUGCUUUGUCUUGCAUAAAACCUGAUAUCCACUUUGUGCUCCAAUGCCACAUGUAUCUCAGUGUUGGAUUUUUACGUUCUUGGAUGAAUAAUAUUUAUGGAGGAGGCAGAGAAAGCAAAUUGCUUUCUGUCCUUCCACUAAGCAAUUGAAUUAGGUGUUCAAUUUCCAAAGAAAAAUGAGGUUUAUUAUAGCCAUCUCAGUAAAGUUACACCUAAAUUUUGCAUUUAGUUGCCCAGCAUUUGUGUAUGUGCACAUUCAGACUAAACACACACAUUAGAAUAUUGAAGUAUGUAAUUUGAAAUGGAGCAUAAUUCUGUAGCAGUUUGUUGCCAUUUUGGUUCGGCUGUUGUAUGUUGCAUCCAUUUAAAAAGAUACAAUUAUAACAUGUUUCAGUUAUGAUUUAUGUAAAGACUUAAAAUAUUUCCUGCCUUGUAUGUGAUACUCUCUUUAUUUUCAUGUGAAAUUCCCAGUUCCUUUACAGUAUUUUUGUGAUCUGUAGUUUUAUCUCCGAGUGUCAUUACAAAGUUAAUGAAUUUUGUUUUCUCUCUCAGAAUUGGUAGGUGUCAGCAAGUGAAACCAGUCUUAUCAUGAUCCUGCGGCUUUGUUAUAAUAGACUUGUAAUUCUGCAUUAACCCUUCACUAUAUUGGGAUUCAAAAAAGUGCUUAAUGUAUGGUUUGGCAGAUUGGGAGAGAUAGGGCUGGAUUGAUGUUGCUAAACUUCCACUUUAACUUGACUGUCAUGCUUUGUAAUGCAAAAAAAUACUGUGCAGCUGAUCAUGCUGUGAGUGAUAAAUAUAAGUUUUUAUUCUAUA